CAACUAGCCGUCAUAAUUAUAGCACUAAACUACUCUCUCACAAAAAUCCUCUCUAGUGGUGUUCCAAGAUGACUCGACCACCAAUGACAUCAGGCGGGCGUUCUUAUGGGACAGGACCAACUACCCAACCCUCUGGUUCUCAAGCUGCUGGUGCCCAAAGACAUGUUGCAAACCAUGAACCAGUUGAGAAUAGGGAAGAAGUUGCACAUGUUCCUGUACAACGUGAUGUUCGUGUACUCCACCCAGCUAGACAAAAUGGAGCUAAAUGGUUCAAAAACAACACUGAAGUAUCAACUUGUGUUCGAAAGAUCAUUGAAGGUUGUUUUAGAGGACCAUGGUAUAGCUGGAAAAAAGUACCACCGUUUUAUAAAGAUGCAUGGUUUUCAACCUUUCAGACUAAAUUUGAGUGGGAUGCCUCAAUUGGAAAUCUUGUUAAAGAAAACUUUGAUCAACUUGCCGCUACCCGUCUCAAAGGAAUGGUUAGUCUCGCAAAGUCAAAUGGAGAAAAACCUGAUUGGAUUUUGUCUGAUUACUGGAGGGUAAUGUCUGAGUAUUGGAGAACAUCAAAGGCCAAAGAUAAAAGUGAGAAAGCUCGCGCUUCUCGUCUAUCUAGACGUGAUGGUUUAGGUGUACACCGACACAGAGCAGGCUCACGUUCUUAUGCCAAAGUUCAGGAUGUUUUGGAGGCAAACAAUGAAGACUCUUCUUUCAUUGCUGUGCUGAAAAAAACACACCAGAAAUCUGAUGGAACUUAUGUUGAUGAAAGAGCUCGGCUAAUUGCUGAGAAAUUUGAUGAAUGUGUUCAAGAACGCUUGUCUGAAAUGGAAAAUUCUAGUGGAGAGGAUUUGACAAUAGACAAUCUCACCCUUGAAGAGAAAAAUGAAAUCUAUUCUAAGAUUGUUGGAACAUCAAAACAAGGUCGUGUAUUUGGACUUGGGUCACUCCAAAGAGGUGUUUUAAUGCCUUUAGAGUCUUCGACGGGUUCUCCACUAGGUAGUGCAGAUGUGGGAACAAUAACUCAUCGAGUGGGUGAGCUUGAAGCUGAAUUGCAAAAGAGUCAUGAUGAGUAUGAAGACCUUAAGAAACGAAUUGAAGCUGUGGAGGCUUUCUGCUUCAACACAAACUAGUGUGGCUUAUGGUGUUAUUUCUGGUUUUGGUUUUUGGUGUUAUUUUAUUGGUUUUUAGUUGCUUUAUUCACUUGCUAUGAUUUUUUUCAUUUAAAUUUUUGUUCAAGUUUAAACUAUAUUUAUAAUUUUUUAAUGUUAUGGAAUUUUUAUUUUCAAUAAUUUGUCUUUAUCAGAUUUUUUUUUGGAAAAAUAGUUAUCAAAAGUACGUUUAAUAUAGCUAAUAUUUAUAGAAUAUUUAUAAAAAUAAAAAAUAUAUAGAUAUAAAUAUAAUUCCGUAAAAUUGUUACCAAUUUAAUAAAAGUAAUCACUACAACUUUUACAUCUAAAUUAGUAGCUAAUUAAGAUGGAUUUGUGAUGUUUUUUUAGUGAAGAAUUGUGACGGAUACGUGACAAAAUAUAAGUAUCUAAUUAAGACUGAUUUGUGACAAAAUUCCUGACAAUUUGAAUGACAAAACUAGACUGUUUAGUGACUACGUAUCGGUCCUCAGUUGUGACGGAACUGUUACUCAUUUUCAGUGACAAUACAUAACAUUUCUGUGACUGCAAAUUAGUAGCGAAAUUAGACUGUUUAGUGACUACGUAUUAGUCCUUAGUUGUGACGAUUGGAGACCAAUGUUUCGUCACAUCGAGUUACGAAAAUGAGACGGUGUAAUGGUCGCGAAAAAUGACGGUUUUGUGACAUGAUUAUUAGUUGCUAAUUGUGGCUGUUUUGUCACUUACAUAUAUCGUCACGACUUGUGUCGGACUUGUUACGGUCUCAAUACGUUGCAAAAUUGUUACGUUUUUGAUACCAAAAAAAAUUUGUGACGAUUGUAUUGCAACCGUUUGCAAACAGUUACAAAUACGUCACAAUGUCAAUAUUGUGACGAAAUAUUUUUUAUUGUGACAAAACAUUUCGUAACAAUACACUCAUUUUCUUGUAGUGAGCGACUCCAUUAUCUACUCCUCUCUUAUCCUUAAUCUCAAUGUCAAACUCUUGGAGUAGUAGAAUCCAGCGUAUGAAUUGAGGUUUAGCAUCUUUCUUUUGCAUUAAAUAUUUGAUGGCAGCGUGAUCAGUGUGAACUAUCACUCGUGAGCCAAUCAAGUAUUGACGAAAUUUUUCAAAAGCGUAAACUACAGCUAAUAGAUCCUUUUCUGUUGUUGCGUAAUUCCGUUGCGCUUCAUCAAGUGUGCGUCUGGCGUAGUAAAUGGUGUGUAGCUUUUUAUCUUUCCUUUGGCCUAAAACUGCUCCAAUUGAGAAAUCACUCGCAUCGCACAUGAUUUCGAAAGGAAGAUUUCAGUCGGGGGCUUGUACGACGGGGGCAGUGAUAAGGGAUUUCUUUAAAUCUUCAAAAGCUUUCAUGCAUUCGGGGGUUAAAUCAAAUUUAAUAUCCUUGCAUAACAGGUUAUUUAGAGGUCUAGCGAUUUUGCUGAAGUCCAGUAUAAAUCUCUUGUAAAAUCCGGCGUGUCCGAGAAAACUUCACACGUCUUUAACAGUUUUGGGUGGAGGUAAACUGGUCAUUACUUCAAUCUUAGCUCUAUCUACCUCUAUACCAGCAGCGGAAACCUUAUGUCCUAACACUAUUCCAUCGUUAACCAUGAAAUGGCAUUUUUCCCAAUUUAGGACAAGGUUCUUUUCUUCGCAUCUUUCCAAUACUUUGCAUAAAUUAUCGAGGCAACUCUUAAAAUCUGAUCCGUAGACUGAAAAGUCAUCCAUGAAUACUUCCAUGAAGUCCUCGAUCAUAUCCGUAAAGAUCAACAUCAUGCAACGUUGGAAAGUGGCGGGGGCGUUACAAAGACCAAAUGGCAUUCUGCGAUAUGCGAAAGUUCCAUAGGGGCAUGUAAACGUUGUCUUUUCUUGAUCAUCCGGGUGUAUAGGAAUUUGGAAAAAUCUGGAAUAUCCAU